UCUCUGUCUGUGUGCCCAGCAGGAUGAGGAGAGACAGAUGUGGUGUACAGUGGGGGGGACUGCUCCUCCUCCUGUCCUCCUGUCUGCUGUGUGUUCACUCUCAGAUGGAUCCUCAGAAUGCAGCUCACGUAUCUGACCACGGUCACGGUCGCCUGGACAAAAACAUGGUCCAGGACAAAGACCACAUCAUGGAGCAUUUAGAGGGAGUGAUAGACAAACCAGAGAAAGAGAUGACACCUCAGGAGCUUCAGCUGCACUAUUUCAAGAUGCAUGAUUAUGAUGGUAACAACCUGCUGGAUGGGCUGGAGCUAGCCACAGCCAUCACACAUGUACACAGAGAGGAGAGAGGAGAGAACAGCCAGCCAAUGAGAGAGGAGGACCUGAUGUCUCUCAUUGAUGACGUUUUGAGGGACGAUGACAAAAACAAUGACGGUUAUAUAGAUUAUGCAGAGUUUGCCAAAUCGCUGGAGUAAGACGUCUCCUGGGCGCUGACGGUCUUUAUGUCAGAAACAACGACAAGGAAUCUGCAGAGGAGACUGAGAAGCCCUCUAGAAAAUCACUGUUUAAUCUUUGCUUUCUCUCUCACAGGCACUCAAUCAGGGUUCUUGGUAAUUUGUGAAGUUUUGGAAAUGUUUGUGCUCUCUAAGCUUGUGAUAUUUUCAUGUAAUUUCAAAGCUGGUGUGGUGUGCAGAGACGUUUCUGCAUCCCCUGCUUUUGCAGGUUCCUUGAAAUCAUACCAUAUGAAAAGGGUCAUUUCACCCCGUAUCACAAAAAAAAAACAAACAAAAAAAACCCAAAACCCGGUUGUUGAUGUAACCCAGCAGAGCAUGUUACUGUGUGAGCCUUCGGUUUGCAGUGACUUCUGACACAAGCCUAUACAAAAAAAGCUCAGUAUUUUCAAGACAACUACCGAUGUAAACUUUCCCCACGGAGGCAUGCGGAUCGCAAACAAAAUCAUGAUUUACCUCUGUUGUAUUGGUGCGGCAGCAUAGCUCUCAGUGGUGCUUACUGCUAAACCUUGGCAGAUUAAACCAAACUAUCUGCAUGGCAGCUGUAGGGGAAAGAACCCUGUUUUUGUGAUUAUUGGUAGUUUUUGGGUGAAUUGUCCCUUUUUUAUAUAUAUGUAUGUGCAGUACUCUCAAUUGUGUGUGUACUUUUAGUGGUGCUACACUUAAUUCACUCUGGCAACCCAUUAGAGUCUAAACAUAAUGUCAUGAGUUUAAAUGAACCAGGGUUUCCAUUCGAAAUGCGUUGCAGUCACUGUGCGCAGCACGGUGGGCCAACGAUCCUGUUCGGGAAUCCAUUUCAUUUGCUGUUUGUGACAAGGAUGAGACAAACCCGUCGUUCUCAUCACAUUGGAAAGUGGCCUUGACUUGCUCACCUGUGCAGCCUGUGGUCUGAUGUAGAGUCCAGAGGGAAAGAGAGAUAGAGAGGAAGGUUACAUGCGGGACAACACGAUACUGAAUGUUGCCAGCAGAGACCGAGGCUGAAAUGUGAGCCCCACAUGUUUCUCCCUGAGGUUGUACUGACUGUUGUUUUCAUGAAGAAUACAGCAAUUACAUGAGCCACCAUCAUCUUCACUGUAGUCUGUCAGCCGGCAGGUUCUUGACGUAAACAUAACGUCAUGGAGUGAAUGUAACGCAGCACCACUCUUUAUCACUGGAUAAGCUCGACUCAAAGCACACUGGUUGAUGCUGCUGCGGUUGUUAUAAAAGCUGACUUCACGUCUUCUGUUUCCUGUAAAGCACUUGUUAUAAACCAUUGAACAUGACUGCUUUAAAUCAUUAGCUGCCUUUAAAACAUGUCAGGUGUCUGUGUGUGUCAGUGUUUGUUGAAUCCAUGUGCUUUUCUUUCUUAAGUACGAUUUCGUAUGGAUAAAUUCUCUAUUUUUGCCAUCAGUAUUGAUUCUUCAGUUACUUCAGAUUGUUGAAUGCAAAUAUUUAAAAAUAAAAUGAAAGCAUAGCUGAUGCAACUGUGUUGUCUCUGGGAUAUGAAAUAUUAAAAACUGUAAUCUAUA